GCCAGCCCCUCUGCCCACGGCUUACGCAUAAUAUCAUCAGAGCAUGCCACAGCAGCGGGCUUCCUCUAUGUUCACUGUGUGUGUUGAAGCAGCGGAGUAUUUUUGUCGACACACUGCGGUGUAAAUCUAAAUUUGUCUUCUACGAGUCUUGCCAAAGCGAUCGGUGGUGUAAUGUGAAUGUCAGUGAAUGGGUUGUGCUGUUAUUUAAGAGGAACAGCUGUCCGUUGGGAGAUAACACACUGUCACACACACCCCUGCAACUGUAGAUAGAGGGGGUUGAUAUGACUUUAACUGAAUUGUGGGUAUUCAACCUAAUUGGGCACAGCAAAACACAACGCAGGAAAAAAGGGUAUGUUAAAAUGCAGGGAAAAAAAACAGUGGGUAUGUAGUGGUAGUGCAAUAAAGAGAGAGACUGGGAGAAAAAUAAAAAAAGACAGGGAGAGAGAAAGAGAAGGAGGCAGAGCUUCUCUCUCUGACUGGCUAACUGGCUGGCAGUGAGCUCUGUACGCUGAUCUGCCUGUUCUGAUGGGGUUUCGUGCCCUCUCGGCAGUGCUAUGGACCCUGAGGGCAAUACGGGGUUCUGCUGUUGAUCUGGAUUCGCCUUUUUUUCACCUGUCAACUGUAAAAGCCAACUCAGAAUCAGGACAAGUUGUUCUAAGCUUCACCAACGACAAAUGGAUCAUCCACCAGUAAGCGCCACCACAAUCCAAGAGGGGAGAUAAAAGAGCGUUGAAUGCAAGCGGCACAGAGACCACCGGUAGAAAUGAGAGUGAUACUGGUGUGUGCCCUCCUCUCCCCAUUGUCUUUGGCUCGGGCCUGUCCAAAGGAGUGCAGCUGCAACAGCAACAACAAAGUCGUAGACUGCCGGGGUCGCGGUCUAUAUGACAUUCCUCGAAGACUGCAUCCAGAGACUCAAGAACUGUAUCUCCAAGAUAACCGCAUCCGGGGAAUUGGAUCGAUGGCUUUUAGGGAAAUACCCCUUGUCCGCACUCUCGAUCUAUCCAAUAAUUCUAUAACAUCUAUUUCACCAACUGCUCUGCUGGGUCUGAGGACUCUGCAGCGUCUCAGCCUGGCACACAACAGCCUCAGAGAGCUUGACAAGCGACUUCUUGUUCCAAUCCACUCGCUCUCUCGCCUUGACCUUUCACACAACAGCCUGGGAGGGUUGCCUGGUGCCAUGGGGGACAGCUUAAAGAACCUCAGCUAUUUGGGGCUAGCACACAACAGGUUAACAAGACUAGACCGCUCACUGAUGGAGGCUAUGACCCUCCUGGAUAGCCUUACACUACGAGGCAACCCCUGGAGGUGUGACUGCCAACUGAUAGGCCUGAAGCUCUGGCUGGAGACAUAUGUUUUUAAAGGUGGUGUCAUGGAUGAAGUACUUUGCUCUCAACCAGAGGAAAUGAAGAAUAGAGAUCUUCAAAAAGUCCCUUACGAGCUCUUCCAUGCCUGCAUGGCUACAAGCUACCACUACCUGUUUGCCAACAUACACCACCUGGAGUCUGAGAGGCUACUGCGAGGACACACUCAUGGCAACCAUGCUAACCCUUCUAUCCAUGCCCUACAUGUUCCCAUGGCAAUGGGGGAGGGCUUUGGUGGUGGAGGAGGAGGAGGAGGGGGAAUGACAGAGUGCGAGCCCAAGCAGAAACAACGCCCCGUCAAUUUGCGCCACGCCAUAGCCACGGUGAUCAUCACUGGCGUGGUGUGUGGCAUUGUGUGUCUGAUGAUGCUGGCCGCUGCCGUGUACGGCUGCGCCUACGCCGCCAUCAUGGCCAAAUACCAGCGAGAGUUAAAGAAGAACGAGGAGCUGGCGGCAGCACAGGGGGCAGAUCACGCCACGGCGGACGAUAAAGAACCCCUGGAAAAUGCUAUCGCGUAGGAGUAGGAUAAAGCUUCCCCAAGACUUUAAACUCUUCGCUCUGGAGGUCUCAACCCUUUAACUUGAUUAUCUCUGGAUGCCAUGUGUGGGCUUGGGUGUAGAUUUUUAGAAGAAAUUCAAUUUGUAAAAAAAAAAAAUAUUUUUACAUGAACUCAACUUACAAUUAAGAUCUGGGUAGCUCCGUUGCACAGGUAUUUGACUAUGCACCAAUGAGAAGAGUAUCUUACACUGUAUGCGGGUUUAAGGGACUGGCCAAAGAAUACAAAAACAUGUUUUGUUUUGUCUAAGAACUGCAUAUCAAUAACAGGGGUAAAUUAAUAUAUAUUUAUAAGUGUGUACUAAAAAGUAUUUGUAACGUUUGGUAUUUGCAUCCAGUAACUUUAUUAUUUAUUAUUUUUUUAAUGUGACAUUUACUGUCUUUUAGAUGCUGUUGGUUUAGAAUUCGAGUCUGUUUUAAAUUUGUAAUAACUCAUAGUGGGGAGUUUUUGUACAUUGUGCCCAAUAUUGUUAUAUUAUUCAUGUUUGUAUGACAAAAAAAAGAAAAGCUAUAUUUUAUAUGUGCUUGGCUGAUAGUGUGUGUGCGCAUAGAUGUAUGAAAAUAAUAUAGAGAAAUAUUUAAAAGUCUGUGCCUCACAAUGUUCUAUAGUUUGUGAUAUAUGUGUUUUCUUAAAGAAUAUUUUCGCAGAAAGCUAACCUAAAAAUGGAAAAUUCGUUGAAGCAAUAAUGAACCAACAGCAAAUGCAAAGUCGAUGAGUCAUCCUCUUUUUGUGACUUUUACAUCUUUAUCAGUCUGACUUAUCAUACCGCUGCAGAUAGUCAUCCACACAUUCAAUCUUUUGAAACUGCAUCUUUGGAGACCAGUUCCAGUUUUUUUUUUUUUUUUUACUUAUUACUCAUUUGUACUGGCAGCAGUGCCCUACUAUGUAUGUUACAUAAAAUAAAGGGAUAAUACAUUAAUUAUGGUACGAAAAGCUAAAGGUUCUGAAUAUAGUAUGUACUUUUGUUUGGAUAAAGUACUUGUAGUUCGCAGAUAUUUUGUGAGCUAAAUGUGAACGUUUGUAUUUUGAUGUUAAAAAUCCAAAAGAAAAAAAAAUCAAUCAUUUCAAUGAAAAAAAUUGCAUUCAAUUUAAUUAUAAAUUUCUUUUUUAAAAGGGAAAAAAAAAUGCUGCCUCAUUUUUCUUGAUAAUACUUCUCUAAAAAUUCAUUUAAAAGGAUUGUAUUGUCUCAAAUAAUUUAGAGUUGUUGUUCUGUCACUACAUUUUAUUAUUAAACUAUUAAAGAAGAGAAGGCUUUUAAAUUGUUAAUAAAAAUACAUGACGGCUUUGCUAAAAUGGAUUUAUAGCAUGCUAGAGUGCAGACAAGCACUUGAAGGGGCACAGAUGCCUUUGGUCUCGAUGCCUGACCUGACUCUUGUGGCAGCAGACUCACCGCACGUGGCUUGGGAUGUGACCAAGUACACCGACACACACAAACCCGACAUGCUGGCGUACAGACAUUUAUAUGAACACACACACACAAACAUUGUGACUUCAGAGAUGUCUGCAGGGGCUGUGGUGUGUGAUGUCAUCAGCCUGUCCUGUCAAGUUAGUGUGUUAGCGUAUUCAUAAGUCUACAGCUCAGUGGAGCGCAGGCCAGUGAAAACUGGCCCCAACCGGCCUACGCUAAAUUAGCAUUCUAGCCUACAUCUCCUCUCCCAUCUAACACUCUUAUAUAAAAUCAUCUCUGUGCGCAAACACUCAUAUAACAAGUAUGGGGGUCACUGCUGUACAUCAGCACCCACUUUAACUUUAUGGUGUUCAGAAUUCCUCUCUUAUUAGUCAUUUGAAUUUAGGCAGAGCAAACUAUUAUCUUAAAAGAGCAGCGCUAAAAUCAACAGGGUCAGAUUAUACUGUGGGCUGGUGUUAACUGUGGGCUGCUUGUGCACCACUGUUGUACAUCUGAUGAAGACUCUGUUUGUAUGUGUGUGCAUGCAUAAUGACAGUGCACAGACUCUCCCAUCUCUGUCCUUCUGCUCCAGUGGUUUCCCCUAGGCAAAGACUACCCAGAAUGCACUCCUUUUAUGUCAACGCAUUCAGGCACUGUGAAAUUAUUUGGUCUUUUUUUGCCUCUUAUUCUGUUAUUUUCUGGUUUUUGCUUUGUUUAACCAGACAUUAUUUGGUUAUUUUACUUUUGGGUUUACAUAAGAUUCAAUAUCUCUAUUGAUAUCAGGUUUUAUGUUUUUUGGACAUUGGGAAUUUUCCAGUCUGUAUAGUAUGAAUAAGAUAAAACAAGACCCAAUUCUCAUGUAAAUAAAAGUUGAUAGAAAUAAA